AUGGCUUUUGCUCUCGCCAUGGUAUCUUACCCACAUGUUCAAAAACAUGCACAAGCGGAGAUUGAUUCAGUGGUUGGGCGGGAUCGCUUACCUACCUUCAAAGACAGAGUGUCACUACCAUAUGUUGAAUCAGUUCUGCGGGAGACUUUGCGAUGGCAGCCUGCCGUACCUCUCGGUAAUAUUCUUCGCUGAGAGUGACUGUCAUGUACAACAUGUGGUCAGAUGGAGCAUUUCACGGGAUGAAAAUCGGUACUCUGCCGCAUCUACAUUUAUACCAGAGAGGUUCAUGAAUGCCGAUGGUGUGCUGACGGACAAUGACCCAGCUGACUAUAUUUUUGGCUUAGGCCGACAUAGAUGUCCA